AUGCUCCUUUAUUACAACCAACACACAGGUUAUAUAGCAGAAUAUGGCGUGACACGACUACAUUCUACAAUUGGCUUGCUUAACGUAAACACACUCUCGUGGGUUAUAGUGAUAGGCCGGUCUCCAAGCAGAGAGAGAAAGAGACCCCGAUGGGAGGAUGACAGAGAAAGAUGGUCUGAGAACCAGAGCUCCAGCAAAGAGAAAAAUUAUAGUGCUAUCAAAGACAAAGAAUCAGAGGAGAAUGCAUCUGAAAAAAAUGAAGAGGAAGAUGAGGAAUUACUUAAGCCAGUCUGGGUUCGCUGUACCCAUUCUGAAAGCUAUUAUUCCAAUGACCCUAUGGAUCAAGUGGGAGACUCUACUGUGGUAGGAACAAGCAAGCUCCGAGAUCUGUAUGAAAAGUUUGACGAGGAGUUAGGAAAGCGACAGGCAAAGGCCAAAGCAGCCAGACCACCGUGGGAGCCACCAAAGACCAAGCUGGAUGAAGAUUUAGAGACCUCCAGUGACUCAGACUGUGACUCUGAAGAUGAUAGCAGCUGCUCUAGCAGUUCAGAUUCUGAAGUUUUUGAUGUCAUUGCGGAAAUUAAGCGUAAAAAAGCACACCCUGAUCGUCUCCAUGAAGAACUGUGGUACAAUGAUCCAGGACAGAUGAAUGAUGGACCUUUGUGCAAGUGCAGUGCUAAAGCCCGACGAACAGGAAUAAGACAUGGCAUUUAUCCUGGUGAAGAGCCCAUUAAACCAUGUCGCCCCAUGACCAACAAUGCUGGAAGACUAUAUCACUAUCGAAUUACUGUGUCGCCUCCCACAAACUUCUUAACAGACAGACCUACUGUUAUUGAGUAUGAUGACCAUGAAUAUAUCUUUGAAGGGUUCUCAAUGUUUGCGCAUGCCCCUCUAACAAACAUUCCUCUAUGUAAAGUAAUCAGAUUUAACAUUGACUAUACAAUUCAUUUCAUUGAGGAGAUGAUGCCUGAGAAUUUUUGUGUGAGAGGUCUUGAGCUGUUCUCUUCAUAUCUAUUCAAAGAUAUUUUGGAGCUCUAUGACUGGAAUCUUAAAGGUCCUUCACUUGAAAAUGAUUCUGUUUGCUGCCCCAGAUUUCACUUCAUGCCGCGAUUCGUGAGAUUUCUUCCAGAUGGAGGAAAAGAAGUACUUUCAAUGCAUCAGAUUCUUCUCUACUUGUUACGAUGCAAUAAAGCUCUGGUGCCUGAAGAGGAGAUUGCCAACAUGCUUCAGUGGGAAGAACUGGAAUGGCAGAAAUAUGCAGAAGAAUGCAAAGGGAUGAUUGUUACCAGCCCUGGCAUGAAGCCCAGCUCAGUUCGUAUUGAUCAACUGGACCGCGAACAGUUCAAUCCUGAUGUAAUUACUUUCCCCAUUAUUGUUCACUUCGGGAUACGACCUGCUCAACUCAGUUAUGCUGGAGAUCCUCAAUACCAAAAGCUGUGGAAGAGUUACGUGAAGCUGCGUCACCUGCUGGCUAAUAGUCCCAAAGUCAAACAGGCUGAUAAACAGAAAUUAUCACAAAGAGAGGAAGCACUGCAGAAAAUUCGUCAGAAGAACACAAUGAGACGUGAAGUGACCGUCGAGUUGAGUAGCCAGGGAUUCUGGAAAACAGGGAUACGCUCUGAUGUCUGCCAGCACGCAAUGAUGCUUCCUGUCCUCACCCAUCAUGUCCGCUACCAUCAGUGCCUGAUGCAUUUGGACAAAUUGAUAGGCUACACUUUUCGAGAUAGGUGCUUGCUGCAGCUUGCCAUGACUCAUCCAAGCCAUCACUUAAACUUUGGCAUGAACCCGGAUCAUGCUAGAAAUUCCCUAUCCAACUGUGGGAUUCGACAGCCAAAGUAUGGAGAUAGAAAAGUUCACCAUAUGCACAUGAGAAAAAAAGGGAUAAACACGCUGAUAAAUAUUAUGUCCCGUUUGGGACAGGAUGAUCCAGCUCCUUCCAGGAUUAACCACAACGAGCGUUUAGAAUUUCUGGGAGAUGCUGUGGUGGAGUUCUUAACAAGUGUCCACUUGUACUACCUGUUUCCCACUCUGGAGGAAGGAGGAUUAGCUACCUACCGCACAGCCAUCGUACAGAACCAACACCUGGCCAUGUUGGCUAAGAAGCUGGAGCUAGAUCGAUUUAUGCUUUAUGCUCAUGGUCCAGACCUUUGCAGGGAAUCGGAUCUCCGCCACGCCAUGGCCAACUGUUUUGAAGCCCUAAUAGGAGCUGUUUAUCUAGAGGGGAGCCUAGAAGAAGCAAAACAAUUAUUUGGACGUUUACUCUUCAAUGAUAAGGACCUGCGGGAUGUAUGGCUUAAUUAUCCACUACACCCACUCCAACUACAAGAGUCCAAUACUGACAGGCAACUCAUUGAAACCUCUCCAGUUCUUCAAAAGCUUACAGAGUUUGAGGAGGCAAUUGGAGUCAUCUUUACUCAUGUUCGGCUUCUAGCACGUGCGUUCACUCUGAGAACAGUAGGCUUUAACCAUCUGACUCUAGGCCACAACCAGAGGAUGGAAUUCCUGGGUGACUCCAUAAUGCAGUUGGUAGCCACAGAGUAUUUAUUCAUACAUUUCCCCGAUCAUCAUGAAGGGCACUUAACGCUAUUGAGGAGUUCUUUGGUGAACAACAGGACACAGGCCAAGGUGGCAGAAGAGCUGGGUAUGCAAGAAUUUGCCAUCACUAAUGACAAGACAAAAAGACCUGUAGCUCUUCGAACUAAGACUUUAGCUGAUCUCUUGGAAUCCUUUAUUGCUGCCCUGUACAUUGAUAAAGAUUUGGAAUAUGUUCACACUUUCAUGAACGUAUGCUUUUUUCCACGGCUAAAGGAGUUUAUUUUAAAUCAAGAUUGGAAUGAUCCUAAAUCUCAGCUUCAACAAUGCUGCUUGACUCUCAGGACAGAAGGAAAAGAGCCAGACAUUCCUCUUUACAAGACUUUGCAGACAGUGGGACCGUCUCAUGCCAGGACAUAUACAGUAGCUGUUUACUUCAAAGGGGAAAGAAUAGGAUGCGGUAAAGGCCCAAGUAUUCAGCAAGCGGAAAUGGGAGCUGCAAUGGAUGCACUUGAAAAAUAUAACUUUCCCCAGAUGGCUCAUCAGAAACGGUUCAUUGAACGGAAGUACAGACAAGAGUUGAAAGAAAUGAGGUGGGAAAGAGAGCAUCAAGAGAGAGAGACGGAUGAGACUGAAGAAGCAAGGAAAUAAAAGGAGGACACAGAAGCAAUGGCAUAUUUACUUGCUUAAUAACUCUGACUGUGGCCUGUGGAGACCUAACCUAGUUUCUUGCAGAUGAUGAAUGAAGAGUGCCUGUUGAUAUCAAACAGAAAAUCAUAAUGUUCUUAAACUGUGUAUAUAUAUAUAUAGUAUUUCUUUAGUUUGGUUUUAAGUGCAAAGUUUGUUUGGCUUUUUUAAUAAGAUUUGUUUUUAAAUCCCUUUAGUUUUUGUGAAAAGUUGUGGGAUAAUUUUUAUUAUUUUUACUGUCUUGUAUGAAGUAAUAAAGUAUUAAUUUCCAAAGCCUGUAGGAGGGAAAGC